AUGAGAUUAAUACAUGUUCCAGAAUGCGAGAACGCGGAGAGUAACGCGGAGAAGGCGGAUCAAGACGAUGACAUCUGCGAAGUCUCGUUCCACGGACAGCUGCCCAUGAGCUACCUGCUCUGCGACUCCUCCAUCUUGACCACCGUCGAAACCAACAUGGCGCAGAAAAGUGUUAAGUCCCACCAGCAAUUCCGUUGUGAUGGCUGCGGCAGGGCUUACACGCGGAUGGACAGCUUAAAACGGCAUCAGACCAAGUGCGACGCGUCUUUGGAGAAGCUGCAAGAGGAGGUCGAGUGGCUGCACCGGCAGAAGUUCUACUGUAACGCGUGCGGCAAAGGCUACAAAAGGCUGGACACUCUCAGGAGACACCAGAGGCUUGUCUGUGGCGACAAGGAGACCACCAGCUCUUGA